UAAUUGAGAAAUAACAAUAAAUUACUUUACCUGGCUUAUCACAGAUUGUGUGAACCAUUUGGCAUAUGGAUUGAAUUAUUAAAUUAUAACUUUGGUCAUUUGUAUAUCCUCACAGGUCUGUUCCUGUAGAUGCUGAAGAAACAAUCUUAAAUGACACAAUCUUCAGUGAAGUCACUAUCACACCAGUUCAUCUAUAAAUACUGUGAAGAAGUCAAACAAGCAGCUGCUGUCACAACACAUUCAACUACUCUACUAUUCUGAUCCACUGUUGUAAUGAUGGAGUGUGUUAAAGAGGAGACUGAUCCUGAAUCAUUCACAAUAACACUUCAACAUACUCAACAACAAAGAGGUUUAAUGGGAGUGAAAGAGGAAGGUCACCAACAAAAUGAAAUAAAGGAUGAACAUCAGCAUCACAAUUUCAUUAGUGAAAAAAAGUGCUCACAGACUGAUGAGGAUUCACCUGAAGAAAGAGCAGAAGCCAAAAUCUCUUUUACAAAUGGUGAGACUUUUUCACAGAAAGAACAUUCAAAUGUUCACAUAAAGACUCACACUGAAGAAAGGCCGUACGCCUGCCCUCAUUGUGAAAAGACUUACAAACGUAAAUGCCACCUUAAGGAACAUUUAGUGAGACACACUGGUGAGUGGCCUUUCACCUGCCCUCAGUGUAAUAAGGGUUUUUUACGAAAAAUACAUCUUGAUGAUCACAUAAAUACUCACACUGGAGAAAGGCCAUACGCCUGUCCUUAUUGUGAAAAGACUUACAAAUGUAAACAGGACCUUAAGGAUCAUAUAGUAACUCAUUCAAAUAAGAGAUCCUUUGCAUGCCCUCAGUGUGAUAAGUGUUUUUAUCAACUAGAAAAUCUUAAUGUUCACACAAAGAUUCACGCUGGAGUAAGGUCAUACAGCUGCCCUCAUUGUGAAAAGACUUACAGAUUUAAAUACCAGUUUCAGGAACAUUUAGUGAGUCACACUGGUGAGAGGCCCUUCACCUGCCCUCAGUGUGAUAAGGGUUUUUUACGAAAAAGACAGCUUUAUGAUCACAUAAAGACUCACACUGGAGAAAGGUCACACGCCUGUCCACAAUGUGAAAAUACUUACAUAUAUAAAAGAGAUCUUAGGAAACAUUUAGUGAUUCACACUGGUGAGUGGCCCUUCACCUGCCCUCAGUGUGAUAAGGGUUUUUUACGAAAAAGUCAUCUUUAUGCUCACAUAAAGUCUCACACUGGAGAAAAGUCAUACGCCUGUCCUCAGUGUGAAAAGACUCACACACGUAAAAGAGAUCUUCGGGAACAUUUAGUGAUUCACACUGGUGAGUGGCCCUUCACUUGCCCUCAGUGUAAUAAGGGGUUUCUACAAAAAAGACAUCUUAAUGUUCACAUAAAGACUCAUACUGAAGAAAGGCCAUACGCCUGUCCUCAUUGUGAAAAGACUUACACAUGUAAGCAGCAUCUUAAGGAUCAUAUAGUGACUCAUGCAAAUGAGAGACCAUUUGCAUGCUCUCAGUGUGAUAAGCGUUUUAAACAACUAGGAACUCUAAAUGUUCACAUAAAGUCUCACACUGAAGAAAGGCCAUACAGCUGUCCUCAUUGUGAAAAGACUUACAAAUGUAAAAACCACCUUAAGGAACAUUUAGUGAUUCACACUGGUGAGUGGCCCUUCACCUGCCCUCAGUGUAAUAAGGGUUUUUUCCGGAAAAAAAAUCUUAAUAAUCACAUAAAGUCUCACACAGGAGAAAGAGUCUUUGACGCUGAUAAAACACAAGUGACUGUAUACUGGAGAGAAGCUGCGCCGCUGUCAUUCAUGUUGGAGAAGUUUUAGACGAUCACACAGCUGUAGACUCACAGAUAAAAGCGCAGUGAACAAAGAUCAACUUCAGUCUUGAGGUCCAAACACAUGAUGUGAAAUGAAGAUAAACCUCACGAUUGAAUUACUCCAAAAUGUAUGAAUUUUAAUGCAUUACAUGAAGUGGUUAAAUUUAUUCCUGUAGCUCAUCUUGUAGAGAAUUGUGUUAACAGUUCAACAGAUCAUGGGUUCAAAUCCCAGGAACACCCUUGAUGAUGAAAUUUAUUAUCUGUAAUGUAUUGUAACUUGCUUUUGAUAAAUGUACCAAAUGCAUUAAAAGGUAAAUAUUG